AUGAUGUUCUUGCCCGACUGUGUCCCUUUGUUUCCGAGUCCUUUCACCGCGCAAGGCUGCAAUCGGAAGGCUGCGCUUACCAUCAUCUACUGCGCGGUAGUCAGGGUUUCAAUGACAUCUGCCAAUGAGGUCCCUACACUUCCAUCCAUUAAUCUCCUUUUUGCCGAAGUCCUCCAAAGGCAGAUAGAGCAACCCGCCUCGCCGCCAAUCCGCCGGCCAUCCGCCUGGCCGGGCUUCGUACGUCCCUGCCUUCUCCGUGUGGUGUCGACUACUAUUCUAAGCGCUCAUGGCAGCCCGGUCCCGACAAAGACGCCUUGGGGGUUUGUCACACGGCUGCAAACCCGCCGCCUCCCCUCCAAAUUGGACGCAGAGCUUCGGCCCCAGCUGUUUCUGAACCCAUCCACAGCCCAUCCAUAUUUCCUUCGAUCCAUGCUUGGGAGAGUCGCUCAUCCGAGCCUGCCCCUCCAAAUGGUCCGAGUCCUGUUCAUGGGCAGCACUCGCAACCUGUACGAUCUCGCAUCGUAUUCACCUUAUCUUCCCGCGUUGGACUUUUCUAAUCGUCCGCAGAAGCGCGAGAGCUGGUCUGACUCUGUGGUCCCGCUUGCGGGAGAUUACGAUAGUAACUCCGGUCGCCUCGUACCCAUCUCCAUGACCACUACCGGCUCACCGCGCCUUUACAACCGUGAUGGUCCGCGCUCUGCGCCGUUGCCGUCCCAUCGUGUAGUUUCAUGUCACUGCGAAAUGGACCGCCUCAUUGAGCAACAUCGGGCUGUUCAAGGCGACAGUCAUGUCGAGUCACCUUACGCGCACAAACAACAAAUCCCGACGCCGCUUCCGCCUGCUCAUGGUCAUAUCAUGAUAGCGUUCCAACCCACCCCGGCCACCUAUCCGGGCCGUUCCUUUGGUGUUUGCAUGGCCGACAUCCUAGAUUUCCGUGCCUGUCUGCUUGAUCCCGACACUCCAGUUUUGGAAGGAGAGACCGAGGAGAUAUACCUAACACUUGAAGCGAAAGGCUACUCUACGUUCAUGCAGAAGAUAUCAGGCAAUUGCGCUCAUCGACGGAUUUCUCGGUUCAAUCUAGCCUACCGCGUUGCUUCGGAAUAUGAUACGUUUCUCAAGGCAUGUGUUUGA